AUGGCUCAACAGCAACUCCAGGUGUUGACAGCACAACAGCCACAAGGGAAGCCACAAGAGGAGCCACAAGAGAGGCCAGAAGGAGGACUCCCCAAUACUCCUAGCCUAAAAAAUCAUCUGGCAAGCAAAAACUGCACCUUCAGUAGCCUCUCUCUCAAGCUCCCAAAAUCCGAGGCAACAAGAGGAGAGGAUGGAAGAUAUGAAGGGGAUUCAGAUCACUCUGAUCUGGAGGCUUCGGGUGUAAAAGUAUGGAUGGCAACAGGGUUGUGGAAUCAGAAAAGAGGCCACGAAAACAAAGGAGAAGACUGGCAAAUGGAAGAGAAGAACCUUUGA